AGUAUUUGCUCUAUAUAUCAUCAACUCAAUAGGAAUGGAGGCAGUUGUGGGUUUAGUAAUGAAUGGUGUUGAAGGCUCGGCUUCUUCUACAGAUUCAUCAUCCUUCCUGCUUCAAAAUUCGAAUUAUAUGAGUGUUAUUAGCAGGAAUGGAGGCCUAGGGUUCACCUUUAUGCAGAUGGAGGAGCUCAAAUUACAAGCCCUAAUCUACAAAUACGUGGAAGCUGGAUUGCCUGUUCCUUCUCAUCUUAUCCUCCCAAUUUGGAACUCUGUUCUCACUUCUCUAUCAGGCUCAGGAUGCGAUCGGAGUUUGUAUGAUAACUAUAAGAACAGCAUGGAGGCUGAACCAGGAAGAUGUAAGAGAACCGAUGGUAAGAAAUGGCGGUGUGGCAAAGAAGUUGUAAUCGGUCAUAAGUACUGCGAAAGGCAUUUGCACCGUGGUCGUAGCCGUUCAAGAAAGGAUGUGGAAGCUGACGCCAUUGCUGCCACCGCCAUCGACGCAAGCCAUAAAAAUCUGUGAUUGUAACAGCUUGUAUUCCUGGAUUUAGAUCCAUUUCACGUUGAAAUCCAAAGGUUCGAUGUUGGAAAAGGAAGAUUGAUCUGAUUAUUCGGGUAUUAAA